AUGCACAACACUUCUCCGCCCCCAGUACCACUUUCAAGUCUGGUAGACGCCGCAAACCGUAAACCAAAAACUACCAAACCACCACCCCCAAAAAGUCCGACAACUACGACGACUGUAAAACCAAACCCACCUUUAAGAAAUAUUAGCACGACAAAACCACCACCAAAUGUGACACAAAAAACCACAACAACGUUAAAGCCACAUGUAACGACAUUAACGCCCAAGAUGCACUUGCAAAGUUCGACUUUAAGCAGCAUACCGACCCUUAAGAGCACAACAUUGAAACCCGUCACAAAAAGUACGUCACCAAAACCAGUGAUACUCACGACCCCAGUGGUGCAAGUGACGCUACCAAGUAUCAAAACCACCACACCGCCGAUUAUAGUAGUAAAAUUUACGACCUUCCCUCCGACAACUAUACCCCCUCCACUCCCAGUAUUCACGACAACGCCAAAGCAAAUUACGCAAACGCCAACACAACCUGUACUAUGGAUAUCAAUGGCCCCAGUGGAAAUUACGCCUCGCCCCACAGAAUCCAUAGUGCCUCAACGCACUUCAACAUCUACAACGCCACAAAUUAUCAAAACGACCACAGUACCGAAUAUAGUGACAAAAUUUACUACCUUCCCUCCAAAAACUACACCCCCUCUAAUCCCAGUAACUCUAAAGCAAAUUUCGACUCACAUUACUGAAACACCAACACAACCGACAUCAAUACCCCCAAAGAUAAUUACGUCUCGCCCCACAGAAUCGAUGGUGCAUCAACUUACUUCAACAUCUCCUACAGUGCCACCUAUAAAAACAACAACAUUGCCGAAUAUAGUGGCAAAAUUCACGACUUUCGAACCUAAGAAAAUUACACCCCCUCCAAUCUCACUAUUCACAACAACGCAAAUUCCGACCCACAUUACUGAAACGCCAACACAACCGACAUCACUGCCCCCAAAGAUAAUUACAUCUCGUGCGACAGAAUCGAUAUUGCCUCAACCCACUUCAUUAGUUCCUACAACGCUACCACUUAUCAAGACAACCAAAUCGCCGAAUCUAGUGGCAAAAUUUACAACUUUCGAACCGAAGACGGCCACACCCCCUCCAGUCCCAGCUUUCACGACCCACAUUACUGAAACGCCAACACCAGCGGUACUACGGACAUCAAUGCCCCCAAAGAUAAUUACGUCUCGUCCCAUUGUGUAUCAACUCACUUCAACAUCCCCUACAAUUAUCAAAACAACUACAUCGCCGAAUAUAGUGCCAAAAUUUACGACCUUCCCUCCGGAAACUACACUUUCUCCAAUCCCAUUAUUCACGACAACUCCAAAGCAAAUUUCGACUCACAUUAUUGAAACGCCAACACCAGCGGUACUACGGACAUCAAUGUUCCCAACGAAAAUUACACCUCGCCCCACAGAAUCGAUAGAACAUGAACGCACUUCAGCAUCUCCUCCAAUCAGCAUAGCCCCGCCGGAACCUUUCACUCAAGCCCCAUCCCCGCCUCCAAUUCAAGUUACUGAAUCCGCACUUCAGCUUCAAAUUACUGAAGCACCACAUCCACCUCAGAUCACAGAAAUCAUGCAAGCUCGAACAACUGAAGCAUCUAUGGCAAAAGCCCCGCAGCAAAUUCCAGUUACUGAAGCACCUCGGCCUACUCCUCUUACUGAAGUUCGUCAGUUACAAAUUACUUCAGCGCCCCAGCCAACUUCAGCUACUGAAGCGCCUUCGAGAAUAAUAAUUACUUCAGCUCCGCUGCAAAUUCUAGUCACUGAACCAAGCCGGCCAAUUCCAGUCACAGAACCGUUCCCGCCAAAUCCUGUUACAGAAGCACCUCCGCAAAUUCCAACGAAUGGAGCAUUUUCGCAAAUUCCGUUUACUGAAGUGCCAAGGAAAAUUCUUGUCACUGAAGAACCCCUGCCAAUUCUUGGUACUGAUGCGCCUCCGCAAAUUCCUGCAAUGCGAGCAUUUCAGAAAAAUCCAGUCACUGAAACGCCCUCGCUAAUUCCAGUCACUGCAGCACCUCCGCCAAUUCAAAUGACUGAAACACCUCCGCCAGUUCCUAUCACUGAACCACCUCCGCAAAUUCGAGUGACUGAAACACCCCCGCAAAUUUUAGUCACUGAACCAGCUCCGCCAAUUCAAAUCAAUACAGCACCUCCGAUAAUUCCUGUCACUGAACCACCUCAGCCAAUUCCUGCUAAUGAGGCAUUUCCACAAAUUCCAUUUACUGAUGUCCCUACACCAAUUCCUGUCACUGAAGCAUCCCCGCAAAUUCCAGUCACACAACCACCUCUGCAAAUUCCUACCACUGAAGCACGUCCGCAAAUUCCAGUUACUCAAGCACCUCGGCCUACUCCUCUUACUGAAGUUCGUCAGUUACAAAUUACUUCAGCCCCCCAGCCAACUUCAGGCACUGAAGCACCUCCGACAAUUCCAGCCACCGAACCAAGCCGGCCAAUUGAAGUCAGUGAAGCGCCUCCACUAAUUCAAGUUACCGAAACCCCUCAGUUAAUCCCAGUCACAGAACCGUUCCCGCCAAUUCCUGUUACAGAGGCAGUUCCGCAAAUUCCAGCAACGGGAGCAUUUCCGAAAAUUCCGUUUACUGAAGUGCCAAGGAAAAUUCCCGUCACUGAAGCACCCCUGUCAAUUCUUGUUACUGAUGCGCCUCCGCAAAUUCCUGCAAUGCGAGCAUUUCAGAAAAUUCCAGUCACUGAAGCACCCCCGCAAAUUCCAGUCACAGAACCACAUCCACCAAUUUCAGCUACUGAAGCACCCCCCCAAAUUCCAGUCACUGAAGCACCCCCGCAAAUUCCUUUCACUGAAGCACCCCCGCAAAUUCCAGUCACAGAACCACAUCCACCAAUUUCAGCUACUGAAGCACCCCCCCAAAUUCCAGUCACUGAAGCACCCCCGCAAAUUCCUUUCACUGAAGCACCCCCGCAAAUUCCAGUCACAGAACCACAUCCACCAAUUUCAGCUACUGAAGCACCCCCCCAAAUUCCAGUCACUGAAGCACCCCCGCAAAUUCCUGUCACUGAAGCACCCCCGCAAAUUCCAGUCACAGAACCACAUCCACCAAUUUCAGCUACUGAAGCACCCCCCCAAAUUCCAGUCACUGAAGCACCCCCGCAAAUUCCAGUCACUGAAGCACCCCCGCAAAUUCCAGUCACAGAACCACAUCCACCAAUUUCAGCUACUGAAGCACCCCCCCAAAUUCCAGUCACUGAAGCACCCCCGCAAAUUCCAGUCACUGAAGCACCCCCGCAAAUUCCAGUCACAGAACCACAUCCACCAAUUUCAGCUACUGAAGCACCCCCCCAAAUUCCAGUCACUGAAGCACCCCCGCAAAUUCCAGUCACAGAACCACAUCCACCAAUUUCAGCUACUGAAGCACCCCCCCAAAUUCCAGUCACUGAAGCACCCCCGCAAAUUCCAGUCACUGAAGCACCCCCGCAAAUUCCAGUCACAGAACCACAUCCACCAAUUUCAGCUACUGAAGCACCCCCCCAAAUUCCAGUCACUGAAGCACCCCCGCAAAUUCCUGUCACUGAAGCACCCCCGCAAAUUCCAGUCACAGAACCACAUCCACCAAUUUCAGUUACUGAAUCACCCCCGCAAAUUCCUGUCACUGAAGCACCCCCGCAAAUUCCAGUCACUGAAGCACCCCCGCAAAUUCCAGUCACUGAAGCACCCCCGCAAAUUCCAGUCACAGAACCCCGUUCACCAAUUCUAGCUACUGAAGCACCCCCGCAAAUUCCAGUCACCGAAGCAGCCCCGCAAAUUCCAGUCACUGAAGCACCCCCGCAAAUUCCUGUCACAGAACCCCGUCCACCAAUUCUAGCUACUGAAGCACCUCCGCAAAUUCCUGUCACUGACGCAGCCCCGCAAAUUCCAGUCACUGAAGCAGCCCCGCAAAUUCCUGUCACUGAAGCACCCCCGCAAAUUCCAGUCACAGAACCCCGUCCACCAAUUCUAGCUACUGAAGCACCCCCGCAAAUUCCUGUCUCUGAAGCACCCCCUCCUGCUCCGCAAAUUCCAUUGACUGAAGUACCUCCGCGAAUCCAAGUAACUGAAGCAUCUCCGCCGAUUCCUGCUACGGGAACAUUUCCACAAAUUCCAUUUACUGAAGCCGCAAUUCAAGUCACGCAAGCACCCCCGCCAAUUCAACUGACUGAAGCACGGCCGCCAAUUCCAGUCCCUGGAGCACCCCCGCCAAUUCCUGUCACUGGCGUACCCCUGCCAAUUCACACGACUGAAAUCCCUAAUCAAAUUCUACCCACAGAAGCACCUCCCCCUAUUCAAAUAGCACAAACCAUACAGCAAAUUCCAACUACUGAAACACCCCGACGCAUUCAAGUCGCUGAAGCAAUCUCGCCGAUUCAAAGUACUGAAGCACCAACUUUCAAUCAUAAUACUCCAGCCCCGCUUCGAAUCCAGAUUACCGAUAGCACACCCCCAAAUCAAUUCAGCGAAGCCCCAUUACUCAUUACAAAUACUGCAGUAUUACCGUCACAAAUUAUUGGAGCACCACUGCCCCCAUAA